AUGACUGCCAACCUGCGGCGGAUACUCCCUGGGCUACGGCCAUUCACCACACAGCCACGAGUCGCGUCGGCGCGGCGAUGCUUCUCCAGCACCCCCUUCAUGAAGGAGGCCGAGACUGCUCUGCCUGCCAAAAAGCCCGUUGGAGCUUUUCGAGGAGGUCUAUUUGGCUUCCUUUCCGGCGCUGUUUUCGCGGGGGCAACUGUCUACUACUAUAUCUUAGGCGAGUACAGAGUAUCGAACGAGAUGCUUACUGAGGAUAUUUAUGCUCUACAAUCGGCAACCCAGAAGCUCCAGACUUACAUUUCCGAGCUGGAAUCACGGGUAGAUCAACUGCAGAAGAAGAAAUGA